AUGACCACCACGGAAAAUAAACAAUACAGCGUUGGCGGGGUGAUGCUGGACCGGCCUUUCAAGAUUCGCCGGUUGGGCCACUUUGGGUUCAACUCGGACAAUAUGGCAGAGGCAGUCCAUUUUUACCGGGACCUGCUGGGGUUCUACGAGUCCGACGUUCUUGAUUUCAAGCAGAUACCGGGGCUGGGCGAGAAACUGGCUCACAUUGAGGACGGCCGGGGUUAUUUCUUUACCCACGGCAGCGACCACCAUGCCUUUGUCCUUUUCCCCCGCAACGUGAUGGACGCUUUCGUGGCGGCCGGCGGCGGUGGCGGCGGGAAGGGCGAGGUGACCAUCAACCAGAUUACCUGGCAAACCGGAGCGCUGGCCGAAGUGGUUGACGGGGCGCACUUCUUCGAAGAACAGGGCAUUGGCAUCCAGCGGGUGGGCCGCGACAUGCCAGGCAGCAACUGGCACGUCUACCCCUACGACCCGGACGGGCACAUCAACGAGCUUUACUAUGGCAUCGAGCAGAUUGACUGGACCCGCCGCAGCAAGCCUCGUGAUAUGUACUACCGCAUCUUCCACGAAGAGCCGACCCUGCCGCAGAUGUCUGAAGAGGCCGAGGUUGAGGAAGCGGUUGCCAAGGGGAUAGACAUUUUCUCCGGCUUCCGCGGGGUGAACCAGCUACCGGCCAAGUACGACGUGGAAGGGGUGAUGCUGCCCCGACCCUUCAAGAUAACCAAGAUCGGUCCGGUUAACCUGUUCGUGCAGGACAUGGAAGCUUCCCUGAACUUCUACAUGAACCAUCUGGGCUUUGUGCUUACGGAGGAGACCGAAUACAGCGGUCAGCGCCUGUACUUCCUGCGGAACGGGUCGGAGCCACAGCCUGGCCCUGUUCCCAAAGUCGCUGCGGGAGGAACUGGGCUGCAGUUCCCAUACCACCAACGCCUCCUUCGGUGUUGA